UUUCGAUUUUACAAGUCUGAUAUUCUUAAACUAAAAAACGCUUUGAAAUUACCACCAGCAAUUACGUGUCGACAUGGAGUAAAAGUGGGCGCCUUGGAAUCCUUAUGUAUUACUUUACGGAGAUUGGCUUACCCAAACAGAUAUGUAGAUCUCAUGGCGCUUUUUCCAAGGACCAGAUGUGAGUUAUCUCGAAUCUUCAAUCAACUUGUCCGCAUUAUCGUCGAGAAAUACAGGACAAAGCUGCUUGUACUGCAUCCGUAUUUGACGCCCGAGAAAGCAGCCGAAUUUGCAUCUGCCGUUCAUGCUAAAGGGGCGCCUUAUCGUUAUUGUUUCGGAUUUAUCGAUGGGACUGUACGACCCUUGUGCAGACCUGGUGUGAAUCAGCGGGACUUCUACAAUGGGCACAAGCGCCAGCACGCCAUUAAAUUCCAGUCUAUAAUGCUACCCGAUGGCAUAAUUGUUUCGAUGUCCGGCCCAGUGGAUGGUCGAAGACACGAUUCUUAUUUAUUGCAACAAAGUGGGAUUAUAGCUCAAUUGGAAGCCACAUUCUACACUCCUGUCCGUCAACCUCUCUAUCUUUACGGUGACCCAGCUUAUCCCUUGCAGCGUCACUUGAUAGUGCCAUUCAAAGGUCAUAACAUGGACCUAAGAAAAAGUAUGCAACAAAAGGAUGAGCCAAGUGCGACAAUGUGUGGAGUGGGGAUUUGCUAAAGUUAUUUCAAUCUUCGCAUUUCUGGAUUA